GCACAGUUUGUCCUGCUCUGUGUGUAUAUGAGAGAUGCAGGACAAGCAGAUAUCACAUCACCUUGCUCAUCGCAUGCACACCUGUACAGAACAGGUGUAUUGGGAUUUUCACCUGCUUCUGCAUGAGUCAGGUGAGCCAACAUUUCUAUGAGGGACGUCCUCAUUUCUAUGAGGGACGUCACAGGCUGAAUACUCUGUGUCGCUUCCCUUCCUUUAAAACGUGAACAGAGCUUCCACAUUGAAUAACUCUAAGGGAGUGUGACCAGAGAACAUCAGAGGGCAGUGUGUACUUAGAGUGUAGUGUGUCUCUGCCUCUCCUAACAGCUCAAACUUCCAUCACAUCACAUCUCAGCAGGUAUUGUGUAACUGGAAGCAAUAAGAGAAUCAUUUCUUCACAACUCACAGGAGUCAGGGGUGUCUCUCCGUAUCAAACAUCAGGAUGCUCAGAUCAAGUUUGAUACUUCUACUACUUCUCAUUGCUCUGACAGGUUGCCAAGCUGACAAUUCCCGCAGUGGAUUCUGGGAUUAUUUCAGUCAACUGACCAGUGAGAAGCAUAGAUGGGACACACAGAAUAAUGCAGUACGAGAUGGCAGCGGUCUGAAGGGCAGUAUUCAAAAUGGAGUUAACUAUGUGGGCAACUUUUUGGGGCCAUUGAAAAGUGGCUUACAGAAGCGACUGUAUGAGGACUCUGACGGGCUGCGCAGGUUGAUCAACAGGGAGAUACAGGAACUCCGUAGGAAGUUAUACCCAUAUAUGGAUGUAGCACACCAAAAGAUCAGCAGUAACCUUGAUCAGUUACGGAGUCGUCUGCUGCCCUACACUCAAGAGCUGAAAGAGCAAGUGGAAUGGGGUGCCCAAGAACUUCAUGUACAGCUUGGACCAUACAGAGAUGGUAACAAGAUGGAAGCUUUACACAGACUGGGGGAAAUCCUUGAGAACCAUAUAGCCCUUCACACAGGCAGAGUCGGGCAAGUUUUUUACCCACUGGCUGAUCGCUUGUUAUUAGAGAUCCAUCACGCAGUAGAAGAGUUACAUGGAAACCUAGCUCCUCAUGCUCAAACAUCUCAGGAGAUAUUGAGUCAGCAAGUGCAGGAUUUAUCUCGGAAACUGACUCGGAAUGCAAAGGAUCUUCAUGAGAAGAUCCAGAAGAAUCUAAAUGAGUUGAAGGAGCAGUUGGUGUCCUAUCCAAAAGAACUGAAGCAAAAGUUUCCCCAGGGCCAAGAAGCAGCACUUGAACCUGUAGCACCCUAUAUGGAAGAAAUGGCAGCUCAGGUCCAGAGGGAGGUAGAGGAAUUCCACAAGAACACUCAAAAACAGAUUGAAGACUUCACUCGUGUCAUUAAUAUGGAAACCGAAGAACUGCAACACAAAUUGUCUCCUGCCUCAUGGGACUUUCAGGACAGUGUCAGUUCAGUUGACGAUGUGCAGGAGAAAUUAGACUCCUUGUGGAGGGACAUAUCCCAAAGUCUCAACUAGAUACUAAUAAAUAGACUUGAGAAAACAGGUGAUGCAUUACAACAAAAAUGUCCACAUUACCUUCUGAAGUGGAUCAAAAAGAGUUGUGAAAAUGAAGGACUGCACCUUAAUUUAAAAAUAUUGCUUACGAGCCAAGCUUCACAACUUUCUAAUUUAGAAAAUGAGUACCCAUGUGUUUUAACAGGUGAUAUUAUUUUAAAUGUAUCCUUUCUUUUUUAAGGAAGAUGUAUAUAGACCCCUUCCAUGGUUAGGGUAAUUAAAUAAAAAAAAUUAAAAAGUAUAUCACAUGAAUGCGCAUGUUGAUAUCAAAUGUAAACGCACAAAGAUAUAAAUACAACCGUGUUGUUAGGGAUAAGACUUCGCAAAUAAAUGUUGAGUUGGGAGGAUCAGCAUCAGAAGAUAGG